AUGCUGUGGAAUGGGCUAUGCCCGAUGCAAGGGGAAGACUUGGUGUCUGUAACGUUUAAACGACCGUUUAUCUCCCUCUUCUUCUUUUGUCUUUACCAAAACUUCUCCAGACCUUGUCCACAUACGCUUAGUGGCUUCGGAAGGCAUCCAAGACCUACGAUUGUUUGUCCUCUCGAGUCGGCAAGCCCUUCCGAUGAAGCACUCUCUCUUGAUAAACUUCAGCACGACCUGAUCCACCACACCUCGAACUCCCAUCCUUUCAAAGACCAGAGGACAUCUAUCAUCAUCAGCGGGGACUGCGAAUAUGAAGCAUCAACCGAGGAACCGCCAACAGCAUCGCGAGGUUCUCAAGCGGCAGAAUGUGAUGACGCUCGGCGGCUCGCACCCCUGUCGGUGCGGGCGGUGAGGUCACCACCUCUCACAGCCAGAAAGCAGGAAACAUGUGCCUGGUCCAGGGUUCGGGCCGUUCGGUGGUGGUGA